AUGACUCACGCCCCUCUCCAACCCUCAUCGACCAAGACCACGUGCUCCGCGUCCGCCUCGCAGCCCACUCUCGAUGCUCUCGAUGCCCUCGACACCCAGCUUGACGCUACCCUCAAAGACAUCGAGACAUGGCGUCGGGUGCGUACGCCUUUGGAGUGCUGUGCGUUGGCGGAUGAAGUCGCGUCGAAGGCCCGAAAUCUCGAUGGCGUCUUUGACAGCGUCAUUGUCGUGUCUGACGACCUCAAAACUGCGUUCGAGAACGCAGCAGCACUCGCCCCGCAUUUCUAUGCACGCCCGAAGGCAUCGACCAGGCUCGGAGGUACUGAUCCCAAUGCGACCUCAUUCCCCACCACAGUCCCCAUGACCGGAUCUGGUCCGUCCCUCAGUCUGGAAGAGCAGGUGGUCGCUGGACUGAAGGGGAUGUGGGCGACGGUCUUCCUCGCGAGCGUUCAGACGAAGGCGGCCAAGACGACCCUUGAGGCGGAGGACGAUUCGGCUGAUGACAUCAAGUCGAGGCUGCCCCAGGUGAUGCGAGUGCAGAAGCGGAAGGUGGCGGAGACGUUUCAGGAGCUCUUGACUGCUGUGGGGGCCAAUUGCGAUGCGGAGACAGCUAUGGAAUGA